AUGGCAUUUUCUGUGAUGCAAAUGAACAAAGCUCUUGAUGAAGGAAAGAAAGCCGACUAUUCAAUCUCUGGAAUUGGUGAGCUAAGAAAGCACACUGACCUCGAGUGUGGGGUCUGGAGGAAAACGGUGCCCGUGGAGGACCUGGAGUCCAAGGAGAGUUUCAAAGGGGGGACGAUGCUCAAUCAGAAUGGCAGUGACCCCCACUGGGCUCCCAGCUUGAAUGGUGCAGCAUCCAUCCUCGAACCCAGGCAACACUCGCCCGGCUUUCACAUCCACGUUGAGUCCGAGACCCCCGAAGACCCUCGAUACACCACAGGACGUUCACUGAGCGGGGGUGUCAGCCACCGGAGCACGCACAAAACGGGGAGGGCUGUCCACGUGGCUCCUGGUCUCCGCAGAAGGCGCACGUCCCGCGGCACCGAGGAGAGCGGUCAGGUGGCCGGCUCCGGCCAAAGUUUUGGAGGUUUUGACCACGUGCUCUGUGUCAUGGGCAACAUUCCGCCAAUCGCAGCGACGUUUGCCUCACUUCUAAUCCGCACCCACGUCCUUCACGCCGUGUUCACUCUCCCGAGCGGCAUCCUCAGCCCCCUAAGCAGACUAGCGGGAGCCGCCUUGCCGUGCGGUCGGCUUCCCAGGGAAGGCUCCCUGGGGGCUGGUCGGCUGUCUGCACCUUCCAAGCCCGGGGGCCCGGCUGCCGCUCUGGUUAAGAUCCUUCUGUUCUACGUGAUAUUUUACGGCUGCCUGGCUGGCAUCUUCAUCGGAACCAUCCAAGUGAUGCUGCUCACGAUCAGUGAAUUUAAGCCCACCUAUCAGGACCGAGUGGCCCCGCCAGGACUGACGCAGGUUCCUCAGAUCCAAAAGACCGAAAUCUCCUUCCGCAUGGGCGAGGCCAAGAGCUACGAGGCGUAUGUGCGGAGCAUGGUUCGCUUCCUGGAGAAGUACAAGGAUUCUGCCCAGAAGGACGACAUGAUUUUUGAAGAUUGUGGCAGUGUGCCCAGCGAAUACAAAGACCGAGGAGGCUACGACAGUGACCCAGGCGAGCGGAAGGUCUGCAGGUUCAAGCUCGAGUGGCUGGGAAACUGCUCUGGGAUAAACGACGAAUCAUUUGGCUACAAAGAGGGCAAGCCCUGCAUCAUCAUAAAGCUCAACAGGGUCCUGGGCUUCAAACCUAAGCCUCCCAAGAAUGAGACCUUGGAGGGUCUUCCGAUGCUGAAGUACAGCCCCAAUGUCCUGCCCGUCCAGUGCACCGGCAAGCGCGACGAAGACAAAGAUAAAGUGGGGAGCGUGGAGUACUUCGGCCUGGGCCGCCAGCCCGGCUUCCCCCUGCAGUACUACCCCUACUACGGCCGGCUCCUGCAGCCCAAGUACCUGCAGCCCCUGCUGGCCGUGCAGUUCACCAACCUCACGCUGGACACGGAGGUCCGCGUGGAGUGCAAGGCCUACGGGGAAAACAUCGGCUACAGCGAGAAGGACCGCUUCCAGGGGCGCUUCGACUUGAAGAUCGAGGUUAAGAGCUGAUCACAAGCACAAUCUUUCCCACUAGCCAUUUAAAAAGUUAAAGAUACAAAAACCUACUAGUCUUGAACAAACUGUCAUACGUAUGGGACCUACACUUAAUCUCUGCUUCACACUAGCUUUCCGCAUUUAAUAGGUUAGAAUGUAAAUUUAACGUGUAGCAAUAGCAACAAAAUAUUUAUUCUACUGUAAAUGACAAAAGAAAAAUACAAAUUGAGCCUUGGGACGUGCCCAUUUUUACUGUAAAUUAUGAUUCCAUACCUGAGUUCUAGUGAGCAGUGUUGCUGGCCCCUGAGUAUUGCUGCGUAUUUUAUUUUAUUUAGUGUACAGCCCUCUAGGUGCACACUCUGGUCAUUUUCAAGCCAUGUUUUAUCGUAUCUGUUUUCUACUUUAUGUGAGCAAGGUUUGCUGUCCAAGGUGUAAAUAUGCAAUGGGAAUAAAACUGGCAUGGUACUUUUUUGGGGGAGGGGGGGUUUGGCUCUUUCAAAGAUAAUGACCCAUCAGCAAGCAUUUUUAACACACUCCAUAGUCUUUCCUGUGGUGUUAGGUCUUUAUUUUUUUCCCUGGGGCUGGGGUGGGCUGUCAUGGGGGAACUGCCCUUUGAAUUUUAAGUGGCAAUACAGAGGAACAGGUGAGGGGUUGUGUUGUGCUUGUAUUGAAUGCUGUCCUGCCCCCUCGCCUUGUCCCCCGAGCGUUCUGACGUCGGAGGGGAGCUGGCCCGCCGUCACUGGCCAGGGAUCAGCCCAGGUGGUUUGGUUUGCGCAGUUUCCUUUCCUUUCUCUGGAGGCAUCACGUGCUGGUGCUGUGUCUUCAUGAAUGUUUUAACCAUUUUCAUGGUGGAAGAAUUUUAUAUUUAUGCAGUUGUACAAUUUUAUUUUUUUUUUCUGCAAGAAAAAGUGUAAUGUAUGAAAUAAACCAAAGUCACUUGUCUGAAAAAUAAACCUUUAUUUUGGACUUUAUAAGAAGCAACGCAGUACCCCCUAGACUGGUGUCAGUGUUGUCUACAGUGCAGCUCCAUGUCUCACGUGUGUACUAACCGCCCGGACGACAGUGCUCGUGUUGAUCUUGUACUCGGUCAGGUUCAAACAGUGGACAAUAAAAGAAUGAACAUGUU